GCGGCGACAGCCCGGGCGCGGACGCCCUCGGCGCGGGCUGGGGCAUCACCAAGGGCCUCGACCCCGAAAUGGCGCUGCUGGCCGAGCACUUGCUUAAGCCGCUGCCCGCAGACCGGCAGAUCGAGACCGGGCCCUUCCUGGAAGCGGUGGCCCACCUGCCGCCCUUCUUCGAUUGCCUUGGGUCCCCGGUGUUCACGCCCAUCAAGGCAGACAUAAGCGGUAACAUCACCAAAAUCAAAGCCGUAUAUGACACCGACCCAGCCAAGUUCAAGACCCUGCAGAACAUCCUGGAGGUGGAGAAGGCCAUGUACGGGGCGGAGUGGCCCAAAGUGGGGGCCACCCUGGCACUGCUAUGGCUGAAAAGGGGUCUGCGCUUCAUCCAGGUGUUCCUGCAGAGCAUAUGCGAUGGGGAACGGGAUGAGAACCACCCCAACCUCAUCCGCGUGAACGCCAACAAGGCCUAUGAGAUGGCCCUAAAGAAGUACCAUGGCUGGCUGGUGCAGAAGAUCUUCAAGGCCGCACUCUACGCAGCACCAUACAAGUCCGACUUCCUGAAGGCACUCUCGAAGGGGCAGAAUGUGACAGAGGAGGAGUGCCUGGAGAAGGUCCGUCUCUUCCUGGUCAACUACACGGCCACCAUCGACGCCAUCUACGACAUGUACACCAAGAUGAACGCGGAACUGGACUACACGGUGUAGGCGCCCGAACACACAGCCCGACGCGGGCACAAGCAACCCCAUCACUGUGAAUCAAGCUGGGAGCCCAGCUCAGUGCCCCGGCAGGCCAGCCUGGGUGUGCAGGGGGCGGCCUUAGCUUGUUAGAGGUCUUUUGUUUUCUUGGUUUUUGUUGUCUUGGCCUAUUCUAACAGAGCAAUAAACACCUUCCACUCACUCCUGCUUUGCCAGCAGCUCAGGCCGAGCCACCGGCCUUCCAGUGUGGUUUAAACCAAUUAACGUUGCUAACAAUGAAUUCCUAGGGUUUUGUCUUUUCCUCCCCUACCUAGCUCAGGAGGAACCCAGCUCAGGGGAGACAUACACCUCACCCAGGAAAGAGGCCUGGUCCAUCUGGCCCAAGGGUGUCUUGGAUGUUUGAAGGACAAUGGAAUCUGACUGGAAGUUCAGCAGGGGCCACAAAGGGCCCUCACGGCUGGCAUGACCAGCCCUGUUCGUUCUCUCUCUCUCUCUCUCUCUCUCUCUCUCUCUCUCUCUCUCUCUCUCUCUCUCUCCCCCCCCCCCCUCUGUCUUUUGUCAGACUGGUUUCUGUUUUUUUUCCUGAAAUGUACCAGCAAGCCUUUUCAAACCACUGACUAGGCACACACGGGUGACCAUACGUGACUGUGUUUGCAUUCUUCUACAUAAUGACUUUCUUCAGGGUUGGCUCUGCCAACCUAAGAAACUUCCUGUCCUGGGAGCCCUCCAGCUGCGGAGACCCAAGAAACUGCCCUGCUGCCUUAACCAUCCGUCCUUCCGGAGCUAAAAGAGCUAUAUUUUUUCCAAGUAUCAGGGUAAACACAUCCUGAAAGAAUUGAUGUAUGUUUAAAAAAAAAAACCCAAUGAGGAACAUUUGGUGAUUUUUAUGCAGAAACUAAAUAAUCCUUAAUAAAUAAAUCUAUAUUUUGAAAUCACA